AAUUAUUUAUUUUAUUGUUAUUGUUAAUUUAUUUAAUUAUAUUAAUUGUAUAAAAUAUUAAUAUAAUUACAUUAGUUGUUUUAUUUAAUUUUUCAAGUAUUCAUUUGUAUUGUUUAUUUUACAAAUAAUUAUUUGUAGUUUUUUAAUUACUAUUUUAUUUUCUAUAAUUUAUAAAAAAAAAAAUUUAAAUUUCCCAUCGUUUUUUUUUAUUUUUUUUCAAAAUUUCAUAUAUUUCAUUUAGUUUUCAAGUUAAUAUAUCAUAUCUGCACAACUAUUAUAAAUAAAACUCACAUUUUUUUGCAUCUUGUUGUUUUCAAAGAAAUUAAAAAUCAAAAUGUUUAGAUGUUCAUCUUCCUCAUUACUCUGUGGUAAUAAUGUUACUUUCACAAUGGUUUAUAAUACCCAACCUGGAGAAAAUGUAUAUAUUGUCGGAUCACACCCACAAUUAGGUGAAUGGGAUCCAUUGAAGGCAAAGAGAAUGACAUGGAAUAUUGGAAAUAUUUGGGAUGUUAAUAUUGGUUUUGCUACUGAAUCAUGCUUUGUUCAAUAUAAAUAUUUUGUUUUCAACGAACACAACAAGCAAUACAGGUGGGAAAAUAUAGAAAAUAGACAAGCCAUAAUAAAUAGUGAUGAUUAUUUCGAGGAUAAAUGGGAAGUAAAGAGAGCUUUUGUAGUAGAGCAAGCCAAAGAUACAGAUAGUACCCCAAAUAGUUUAAAUAGUAAUAGUUCGUCAACUUCAUUUUUAAUGGAUACUAGAAUACCAACAAUGUUAGAGUAA